AGGCUGACUGUCUUUUUUUGGUGCUGCAUGUGGUUCUUUUGUCAUUAUGGCUAGAGAAACUUGUAACUUGUCGGAAGGGUUUAUCCUGCAUUCAAUGCUUGUCACUUGGAGUAUUGAUCCUCUUAAUGAUAACUGCUUUCAACACAUCAAGUGACAUCAUUCUCCCCCCCUUCCUUUCCUCUGCCAUUGCCUCCCGCGAUUUAUCCGUUUCCAGUGCAAACUACAACCAAGAACAAGCGUCUACAAAUUUGAAGAAAAGGCCUAUGGGAAGAGGCCACAUGCCAAAAGUAUGAAGACCGGGAGAAUCUGGCGGCAUGCCAUGGCGAAUGUAGAGGAAGACAUUUUGGAGGCAACCCACGAUCCUGGGUUGAUGAGGCGCCGCUUUUCUCGUGACGCCUACCUCUUGUCACAGGAUGAGAUGGACGGCCUCACGAAAAACACUGAGGAGCGACCCUUCAUGCUGGUCCACCGCUUACAUGCUGCGAAAGAGUGGGGAAUGCCACUGUUCCUGCAGGGGGCGGUAGUGAGCUGUCGGGUGGAGAGCACUGAGCGAUAUACCACACGCUCCAAGGUACGAGCGUGCACUCUGUACACAAUCCGGCUCACCCACGGCCAGUUCACCUGGACGGUGAAGAGGAAAUACAAACACUUCCAGGACCUGCACCGUGACCUGUACAAGCACAGGAUAAUGCUCCAUUUCCUGCCCAUGGGGAGGUUUGCUGCACAGAGACAGCAGCUAGCCGCUAUGACGGAGGAGAUGCCCUCUCUGCACAGUGGAGUCAGGAGGACUUCCAGCAAGCCGAAAUACCUGGAGGAGUACCUGAAUGGUCUGCUGGAGAAUACUUUCUGUAAAAACUACCAUGGCAUGCUGGAGUUCCUGGAUAUUAGUCCUCUCUCCUUCAUAAGGGAUCUUGGACCCAAAGGCCUGGAGGGCUUCAUCUUGAAGAGGUCAGGUGGUCAUCGUGUCCAGGGCCUCAACUGCUUUGGUCAUCACCAGUUCUGCUUCCGUUGGUCGCGCCGCUGGCUGGUGGUCAAGGACUCCUUCCUGCUCUACAUGAACCGGGACGCGGGAGUCAUUUCAUUUGUCCUCCUCUUUGACCCCGAGCUCAAAGUCCAGGUGGGCCGAUGCUACACUGACACCAAGCACGGCGUCUGCAUCCAGAACUUUGCGAGGACUCUGGUCAUUAAGUGCAGCAGCUACAAACAGGCUCAGUGGUGGAGUCAUGAGAUCCGCAGCCUGGUUGAGCCGAGUGACUUCUUCCAGACGCACCGUUUCCAAGGAUUCGCCCCGCCCCGUGAGGACACGCUCACGAAGUGGUACGUGAAUGGCAGCGGCUAUUUUGAAGACCUGGCUAUGGCUCUGGAUCAGGCAAAGGAGGAAAUCCUCAUCACAGACUGGUGGCUCAGCCCUGAGGUGCACUUGAAACGGCCGGCCACGAGCACGUACUGGCGCCUGGACCAGAUCCUGAAACGCAAAGCAGAGGAGGGUGUGAAAGUGUGCAUUCUUCUGUACAAGGAAGUGGAGAUGGCGCUGGGCAUCAACAGCGAGUACAGCAAGAGGACCCUGAUGAACAUGCACCCCAAUAUCAAGGUGAUGAGACAUCCUGACCACGUCUCCUCCGUUGUCUUCCUCUGGGCACACCACGAGAAGAUGGUGGCCAUCGACCAAUCGGUGGCAUUUGUAGGCGGGAUUGACCUGGCCUUUGGGAGGUGGGACGACAGCCUCUACAGGCUGACUGAUAUGGAAGACUCAGAGGCAGGGCCAGAGGCCAUUGACAAACUUGACGAUGGCUCUAAUGGGUCAGCAUGCCGGCCCCCGACAGCAAAGCCAGAGCUCGUGGACGCAGAUGACUUGACAGGCAACUGUCUGUUGUGGCUGGGGAAAGACUACAGCAACUUCAUCAACAAGGACUGGGUCCACCUGGAUCAGCCCUUUGAAGACAACAUUGACCGCUCGCAGGUGCCCCGCAUGCCGUGGCGUGACCUGGCCGCAGUGCUUCAUGGGAAAGCAGCGAGGGACAUGGCCCGUCAUUUCAUACAGCGCUGGAACUUCACCAAGGUUUUCAAGAACAAGUACAAGGACAACUUCUUCCCCUGCCUGCUGCCAAAAUCGCAUGCUACUGCGGACUCACUGCCUUUCACUGUACCAGGGAGCAGGAAGGCAUCAGUGCAGAUUCUCCGCUCUGUGGACCGUUGGUCAGCUGGGACGUGUGAGAGCUCCAUCCUUAAUGCCUACAUCCACACCAUUGAAAACAGCCAGCACUACAUCUACAUCGAGAAUCAGUUCUUCAUCAGCUGUGCCGAUGGUAGGAGCGUGCACAACGGAAUCGGGGACGCUAUCGUGAAAAGGAUCCUACGGGCACACAGUGAGCAGCAGACGUACCGUGUGUAUGUGAUCGUGCCAUUGCUGCCGGGGUUUGAGGGUGACAUCACCAGAGGCGGUGGAAAUGCGAUUCAGGCCAUAUUGCAUUACACCUACAGGACCAUGUGUCGAGGGGAUUUCUCCAUCUUGGCAAGACUAAAGGAACACAUGGAAGACCAGUGGACCCGGUACAUCUCAUUUUGCGGGCUGCGCACUCACUCUGAGCUCUCCCGGUCCCCUGUCACCGAGCUCAUCUACGUUCACAGCAAGGCGCUCAUCGCCGACGAUCGCUGCUACAUCAUAGGUUCUGCCAAUAUCAAUGAUCGUAGCAUGCUAGGCAGUCGGGACAGUGAGCUGGCGGUGUUCGUGGAGGACGAGGAAAGGGUCCCGUCCCGCAUGGGCGGAGAGGAGUACCAGGCCGGGCCCCUGACCCUGGCUCUGCGCAUGGAGUGUUUCAGAGUUCUCUUGGGUGUAGAACCGGAUUCCAGCAUUGACAUUCAGGAUCCCAUCUGUGAUGAGUUUUUUGGAACAGUGUGGAAUAAGACUGCCCAAUCAAAUGGCAACAUUUAUGACAUGGUUUUUGGCUGUCUGCCUUCCAACUCCAUCCGCAAUCUGCGUGCCUUGAGGGAGCUUUCCUCUGUGAAGUAUCUAUAUGAGACCGACCCAGAGCAAGCCAGGAAGGAGCUGGAAGCUGUCAAGGGGCUACUGGUGUACUUUCCCCUUGACUUCCUGUCCGAAGAGUAUCUCCUUCCCCCGAUCAGCAGCAAAGAGAGAAUGGUUCCUAUGGAAGUCUGGACCUAAGUGGAAACAGCAAGUGAAGCUGGUAUAGGGUGGUGCUUGUUAAGAGCUAAAAUGGAUACCGUUUUUGGAAUAACCUUGGCAAAGUCUUAAUUUACGUGAGACUUCUAACACUAGCUUCUCACAUCUCAUACCAUUGAGAAUAAGAGAUUACAAUUCAGCUAACCUGCCAUUAAGAUCAAGAGGGUAUCUAGGGUGUAAAACCACUAAUAAGUUUUACAAUCUUGGAAAAUAUUUCCACAGAUUUAGCAAUAUUUCUGUAGUUAAAGAAUAACAUUUUUUAAUGCAACAUACUAUUAACACAUAAUAUUUUUUUGUAACCAUAUAUACUAAUUUUAGGAAGUACAUAUAUACAAUACACCUAAUGAUCAUUUAGAGUGCCCCUGACCAGACAUAAGAGAUGAUCUUAUGACAGCUGAUUACACAUGUAAAAUCUGAUGUCUUUCUGAGAUGGAGAGGUCACAACACUGAGCUAGUCUCAGACCACCAUUUUUAUUUUAUAUAUCCUCUUGUCUGUUCAGAACCAGAAAAGCUUGAGACGUCACUAAGCAGUGAAUCAGUGAAUCUUAUUUAGAGUUUAUUUCUCUAGCAACUUAGAACUUCUUAUACAGUAUGUUGUAAUAGCAUCUGUAGAAAAAAUUAUAUGAGUGCAGUUUAGCACAUUUUCAAUCAUUUUAUUAUUUUUUAUAACAGCAUUAACUGCAUCUGAUUAAUUUACCAUAUAUUAUACUUAAUGCUGUGGUCUUAUUCAGUAUCUAGUUGACACCCCUUUUUUUCCAGCCAUUACAGUACACACUUAACUGGGAACUGUGAGAGAGAGUGGAAGGGAAGGAGGGAUCAGAAGUCAAGUGUUUCAGAAAAGAGAGGAACAUAACGUACCAUUACAGUUGCAAGUAUGUGGGUGGCUAGCUUGCCUCCUCUUGCUUUCUCUCUCUCUCUGUCUCUCGUUCCCUCUCCCUCUCAGUCCCUCUCAAUGCAAUGCCAGCAAAACUGUCAGAACAUUUGUGGUUGUUAUGGUGACGGAUAUAAAGAGCUGACUAGAUUGUUGCUGAGAGUGGAACAGAGGGAGAAAGUGUGAGCGAGAAAGAUGGGCAAAGAAAGAGUGAAGGAGGAUGGAUUGAACGAUGAGGCUGGGAGAAAACAGGAAAGGAGAAGAUGGAAAAAUAUAGAGGGUGCAGGGUGGGAAAUGAAGGGAAAUCCUGGGCUGGGAGGAGGAAAAGAGGGUGAAAAAAGGUGGGAGAGAAUGAGGGGGUGUUGCUGUGCAAUGAUCGGUGCAUCUUUUUGUACCAUCACUGUGGCAACCAAGUGAAUUAUUAUUAUGUAAUACUGUUGUCACUGGUCCAGAACUUUCCAUUCUGUGUUCAUAAGGCCAGGGAGUGGGAGAGGGGUAAAUGAAAAUCUAUUUUCAAGGAAGGAAAGAGAUUGUUGUGGUAAACCAGUUUGUGUAAGGAGAGGUUUGGGGACAUAUUAUAAGCAAGAACAGGGACAUAGGAAAGUGACUAAUACAUACGUUUGAUAGAUGGGCAGUGAACAAAAAAAAUAGAAACCAGGAUGUAAAGUCACUUAAUAGGGUGUUAGGGCAUUACGGAUUGAGAGUCUAUCCCUGUCAGGAAUUCUGCCAGAGGAAUAUGACCCCACUCUUCAACAAGGGAGUCAAUAAACUGACACUUAGUUGAUGGAAGUGAAAAAA